UAACAUCCAUCUGAAAAUUAAAUUUGAUUAUGGUUUAGCAUAUAGGAAAGCACAAAAGUGUGCAAACGUCAAAAAACAAUAUGCUUCAUAAAAUGUCAUAAUUACAAUGUACGUCUGUGUCUGUAUAUCAUGCACUGAACGUGGUACUCUAUUUAAAAAAUAUGGAAAGUUUCUUGAGAUGUUAUCUGGAUUGCUUCAAUGAAUUACCACGAAAUAGCUUACAUGAUAGGAGAAAGAGGCAGCAUGUAGUUGAUUAUAUUAGUACUUUGAUUGAAGGAUGUUCUAGAGUUGAGAAAAACUCCGACGAAAGUGCAAUUGAAGCUGUUAAAACAAUAUUAAAAUAUCACCAAGAAAAUAAAGACGAUAAUGGUAAAGUCUGCAUGAUGGGAAGAUACCAUAAUAUAUUGUAUGUUGCUGUAAAAUUAUGUUUUGACUGGCAAAUUAAAGAUGCAGCAACGGUAACUAUGUUACUAGAUGAAAUAUACAAAUGCGAGAAAACAUUCGAACGAAUCUUAAUCGGAGCAAUUUUUGGAAACAAAGCUCCCCAUUACAUUGCUGGUUGGAAGAGUGACUUUGACAGUGAAGAAGAAAAUAUAAGAGCGGUGGUUUACUUUUUAGAUAAGGCAAACCGGGCUCAACUAAAUAUAUCCUUAGAUUUUAGUUCUAAGGACGAAAGUUUUAGGUUUAUUGAUUUACCAAUCGAAAGCUGCGGAAAAGCCUCACCUUUAAAAAUUUGCCUUCAACUUGGCCUACCAGAUAAACUAUUAAUAUUUCUAAGAUUUGGAGCAAAAGUAUAUACCCAAAAUGAGGAUGUUACAUUAUUCGAGCAUAUUUUAAAUCGUCUUCUCGAGUUCAACCAUGUUUAUCCUUAUAAUCUAGUAGCAUGUUUGCAGCUGUUGCUAAGAACAGUUACGAGAAUAAAAAUUGAUAUACCCGUUGAGAUGUCACAGGAAAGUUAUCAGUUAUUAUUGGAGAAGAUGUAUGAGAGGUAUUUUGAUUUAAUUCAAGAUGGUUUGAUACCUCCAGAAAGAUGUGGUAUCAGUCCUCCUCAAUUAAAGCAUAUUUGUAGAUGUGUUAUCAGAGACAGACUUUGGGAAAACUACCAACUCCCUGAUGGAAUAAGAAGUUUACCCGUUCCCGAAAAAUUGUGGAGAUAUUUGGAUCUACUAGAGGAUUAAUCAUAUUAUUAUAAUUUGUUGUAUAAAAAUAAUAUAAUAUUUUUGCAUUA